AUGCACAGAGGGUUUGGAUGUUCACAACUUCAAGGUAGGGGCAGAGGUGGCCGUGGCCGAGGGCGAGGUGCAGGUAAAGGGGGGCGUGGAACCAAAGCGGUCGAAGAUCCUCCUGAAACACCUAGCCCAAAGCCAGCAAAAGCAGCAAACAAAACAAAGGCACAAAAGCCAGCGGAUACAACUCCCGAGAGCCCGCCCAAGACCAAGAAGCCAAAGGCUGCAGCCAAGAAUCCCACUCCAAAGAAGGAGAGCAAGAAGUCGCCCAAGGCAUCCAAAGCAUCAGGUGAGGCUGAAAAGCCUGAGGCGAUCGAGGGCAAGAAAAAGCGCGCUCGACAUGAGAACUUUGAGGACAAGAGCUUUGCCCGCCGGGUUCGUCCGAGUGGCGAGCUUACGAGCUUGAGGUGGCAGGUAAUCCGAGAUGUUUUCUACGAGAAGAUUCACACGAAUGUUCCGAUCCCUUCCUCUCACCAGGACCCUUUCUGGCUGCUAGUAAAGCCCAGACUGGGCCGCGACGUGAAGCCUGAAGACUACAAGAAGGUUGCCCGCAAAGCCGCUGCCGAGCUCGCGGUGCUCAUGAUACUCUGUGGCAGCCCAGAAGGGGCGCUUGCAGCUAUCGGAAUCGAGUGUUCAUCCUUCGUUCUGAUGAAUUCCGGUACCUCAAAAAGGAUAUAUCCUCCUCUCUUCGCCCGCCGGGUGGUGAACAUGGUCUUGCCUGCAAAAGCGCAGCAGUGCCCGAAGCCCGCAGAGGUGUUUCCUGAGAAGAACAUCUACGAGCUGUUCGGUGAGCUUCCCUGGAGGGCCGAUGAUGAGUGGUCCGAGGCUGAUCUUGGAGAGGGCAGUGCCGAGACUGUUCCCAGCUCCACCGCCACUUUGGGGCGGGGGAUGGCGCUUUUGGAUGACAUCGCGAAACGCGGUGUCAUCAAAGAAGAACUACCGGAUGACGAAGCCGAAAUCAUGAACCAAAUCAAGGUCUUGAAGGAGAAGCUUGAAGAGGUCAAGCAGCAAAGCGGUGCUGUUCAGGAGCCCACGAUCACCGCGACCUUGUCUGCGACACAAGCCAAGGAGUUGCAAGACCAAGCAGCAGAAAAGCAAAGACAGGAGGAGCUGGCCCGAGCACAAGCCAAGGAGUUGCAGGAACAAGACGCAGCAGCAGCAGCAGAACAGCAAAGACAGGAGGAGCUGUCCCGAGCCCGAGCACACGCCAAGAAGUUGCAAGAACAAGAGGCUGCAGCAGAAAAGCAAAGACAGGAGGAGCUGGCCCUAGCCCGAGCACGCGCGAAGAAGUUGCAAGAACAAGAGGCUGCAGCAGAAAAGCAAAGACAGGAGGAGCUGUCCCGAGCACACGCCAAGAAGUUGCAAGAACAAGAGGCAGCAGCAGCAGCAGCAGCAGCAGAACAGCAAAGACAGGAGGAGCUGUCCCGAGCACACGCCAAGAAGUUGCAAGAGCAAGAGGCUGCAGCAGAACAGCAAAGACAGGCCCUAGCCCUAGCACACGCGAAGACGUUACAAGAACAAGAGGCUGCAGCAGAAAAGAAGAGACAGGAGCUCGCUAGCCACGUGGAGGCAGAGAAGCUACGUGCUGAAACAGAAGCAAAAGCAGCCCAAACAGCAGCAGAGCUGGCAAGCUUGGAGGCUGCCCAGAAGCUACUACACAAGCAGACAGAGGAAGCAAAGGACAGGCAGGAGAUUGCAGCAGCACGUUUGGCAGAGGUGCAGCAACGGAAUCAACGAGAAGCAGCAGAAGCUGAAGCAGCAAUGCGGCGGGAGGAGCAGAUUCGAGCAGAGGCCCGGGAAUCUACAAACGAUAUCGCCGAGGCAUUGGAGCAGGAAGCAAGGUCGAACCAGGAGCUGCAAAAAACACUAGCCCGAGCCAGGCAGCAGGAAGAGCGCUUGGCAGAAGCCAAAGCAAAGGUCGAAGCAGCACGAGCUCAGUUGAUGAAGACACCGCAGUUGCGAAAAGAUCCGAGCGAGGUCUGGACCCAGGAUGCACAGCCGCAGGGUGACCUUAAAUCUACCCAGCGAUGCCUUUCCUUCCAAGGGUGCACCCCUACCGAGACCGAGUCCCCAGCCUCUGCACUCGGCUCCCAGAGUCCCACCCCCCCACAGCAGCCUACCCCGCCACCAGCACAAGCGGAGCCAUCAUCCGCUGCAACAACACCGAACGAAGCAGCACCGAAAGCACCAACGGUGACAGCAUCAGCACAGCCAGCACACCAGCAGCAUCAUGUCGAUCCACCAAGCCGGCUUACUUUGUUGAAACGCAUCAACAGAAUUAUGGAGCCCACUGCCAAGGGUGACUUUAAGGUGAAUGAAGACAUCCGGAAGCAGUGGCAUGGGCAUGGCAAAGAAGGGGUAUUUAAGUUGUUCGCCCAGUGCGGCAACGAUCCCGAGGCAUUCAUCAAACGGUUUUCGGUGACCCGAACAUCUGAGAAAGAGAUGAAGGUUGGUGUGGAGUUUGAGUUUCUCACGAAACAGGAGAUGGCCGACGACCAGCACAUGACAGAGGAUGAAAUCGAUGCUUGUGUGGCUGCUGCCGAGAAGAACCCUGAAAAGUUCAUGAAGCACCCGUACAAGAGGAACGUGUGGCGCUACUAUUGUGAGCUCAAGAUCUCGCAGAACCAGGAGCUGGCGAAGAUAGUGAAGCGCUUGGGGUUUCCAGAACUCCAGGAGGCUGCAAAGCCUUCAAGCAUCAUCGUCAAGGCUUUGGAUGCAGUGACCAAGAGACAGAAGCAGUUAGAGGAUAUUCAAAAGUUGAUCGGUAUGGUCGAGAAGCCCUCCACUCUGCUAGAGAAGAGCACCCCUCAGUUAUUGAUGUCAAAUCGUGUGAACAAGAUGUACGAUGACCUGGACAAGGGUCACGACUCGCUCCUUCUGCUCCAGAGCAAUGGCUUGCUGGAUGGUUAUUUGCCUAAGCUCUUUGAUGGCAUCAAUUUGUUUCUGAUUCUUCAUCAGGGUUCGAAAUGA